AUGGGAUCGCUUCUAGAUCACUUUUUGAGUAAUGAGUUCCCUUAUCAAGCCGAUGAUAUUGAAGCCUUUUGGUCAAGCUUUCUGGGGCUCGCGAAGGGUAUCGAAACUAUGCAGGGACAACCUAACAGCGGGCUCCAUGGCGACCUCAAACCUUCAAAUAUUCUUCUCUUUCAGGGAAGGAAUCCCGCAGAGAGCAAGCACUCUUUCAUGCUCACAAUUGCGGACUUUGGUAGUAGUCGCAUUGGCUCGAUCAAUGAAUCUCCAGAUGGGAGCACCCCUCUCCGCCUGAGAAGCACCCGGACGUAUGGUGCCCCCGAGGUCUAUUCGAUUAGCGAUGGCAGACUUGAAACGAAUCAAUCAGUUGAUAUAUGGUCUUUGGGAUGUAUCUUGAUGGAAGUGGCUGUGUGGAUCACAGGAGGGUUCAAAGCUCUUGAAAGUUUCAAAGUGGCCCGUGUGGAAGAGACUUCCAAGAUACCGGACUUUCAUGAAGUUGUGUUUUGUGACUGCUUCCAUCAAGGAUAUGAUCUUUUACCAUCCGUUAAAGAGUGGGCUCGGAUCGUUCAAGAAAAUGCGCGACGCAACGACAACAUAACACCGAGGAUGGUAGAUUUUAUUUUGAACAGUCUGCUGCGACCUGAAAGUUUUAGAUGUUCCCCUCAAAGCCUAGAGGCUAGCAUGAGAGAGAUUAUAUCCUCAACAAAGGUCGGAUCUCAAGCAUAUCACAGCAGGAUCGAGCAGCAUCCCCCAUCGCCGAGCUCCAUUGGUUCUAUACCUCCUAUCACCAUGAGGCCAUUAAUGGCCCAGCCAGUUUUAUCAGUACAAACUUCACCUCAACACAAUCUAUCAGAGAUGAUGGGAUCUCCCGUCACGCCAAUGUCACCAUCCAUUUACUAUCAGCACGGACCAACAGACAACACCGUGAUUCAGCGUACCCUAACCGAUCCUACCGCCGAGCUAAUGAGGAGUAAUACGACCAGCCCUUAUCCAAACGUCACCUUGAGGGAACUGGCCCUGUGGAGGGGCAAUAAGAAAAAGUAUAGACCGGACCUGCCGGGCUGGAAAGAAGCACAGAACUUACUGAGAGGCCGCGAUUUCCUCUUCAUCAUCGAUAAUUCUAGGUCGAUGUUCGAGCAUCAAGCAGCUGUCAUCGAAGCCGUCGAUAACCUAGCUUACCUUGUGAAGCAGCUUGAUCCCGAUGGUGGUGAGAUUAGGUGGACAUCCAGUCCUCAGACAAAGGAAAGCUUCUCCAACAGCACCCAAGCUGGAGAUUCUGCAAGAAGAGCUUUCGCAGAAAGAAGCCAGGUUGACUGUAACAUGGAAGGAGCUCUAAUAGAAGCCUUACCAACCAACUUCCGCUCCGGAUCGAUGGCUAGCGGGACUUCUUGGGGAAUUAGAUCGGGAAUUAACCGCAUCCGCUCUAAUUCCUCAGCAAAACGCCUCAGUGUCCUGAUAUUCACGGACGGUGUUUGGGUUCCAUCAGAUGCAGGACUAUGCGGAGCUGAUCGCCCGAUCGAGCACCUCAUUCAGCAAAUGAAAAGUCAAGGUGUUCAGCGGUCAGGCAUCGCCGUGCAGUUCUUAAGAUUUGGUUCUGACCCCGCUGGAAUCGGGCGACUGGACUACCUGGAUAAUGAGUUAGCUAAGAAGCCAGAGAACCAGGGAUUUGAUAUUGUCGACCAUAAGUCUGAACAGGACAGUGUUUGGGGAAUAUUGAUAGGCUCGGUUUUUGAGGCAAUGGACCACCUGGGCUAA